CUCCUCCCGCCGCACAUCCCCUCCUCCCGGGGCGCCGUUUUGGUUCCGGGGCAGCGGCUCCUUCCUGCGGGAGGGCGGUGCAGGCUGUGCCCGGCCCGGCCCGGCCCGGCUCGGCCCGGCGGCCGCAGCAUGUGAGCCCGCGGGGCGGGGAUGCUCUGGCUGCUCUGCGGCCCCUGCGGCGCCAUGGACAGCCAGGCGCUCGUCAUCCGCAUCAAGAUCCCCGACGGAGCCGCCGUGGACUGGACCGUGCACUCCGCGCCGCAGCUGCUCUUCAGGGAUGUGCUGGAUGUCAUUGGUCAAGUUCUGCCAGAUGCAACGACCACAGCAUUUGAGUAUGAGGAUGAGGACGGGGAUCGGAUCACGGUCAGGAGCGACGAGGAGAUGAAGGCCAUGCUGUCCUACUAUUACUCCACUGUGAUGGAGCAGCAAGUGAAUGGACAACUGAUAGAGCCCCUCCAGAUCUACCCCCGAGCCUGCAAACCUCCUGGGAAACGGAACAUACAUGGCCUCAAGGUGAACACGCGGGCGGGGGCCGGCAGCGGCGCCUCGGCCGCCUCCGAGGCCCUCCCCAGCAACAGCUUGAAGAAGUCCUCUGCAGAGCUGAAGAAGAUCCUUGCCAAUGGCCAGAUGAAUGAACAAGACAUUCGAUACCGAGACAUCCUCGGCCACGGCAACGGCGGCACCGUCUACAAGGCUUACCACGUCCGUAGUGGAAAAAUCCUGGCAGUGAAGGUCAUACCCUUGGAUAUAACACUGGAGCUCCAGAAGCAGAUCAUGUCAGAGUUAGAAAUUCUUUACAAGUGUGACUCCUCGUAUAUCAUAGGAUUUUAUGGUGCUUUUUUUGUAGAAAACAGGAUUUCAUUGUGCACAGAGUUCAUGGAUGGGGGGUCUCUGGAUGUUUAUAGAAAAAUUCCAGAACACGUUCUCGGAAGGAUAGCGGUGGCUGUUGUGAAAGGCCUGACCUAUUUAUGGAGUCUGAAGAUUUUACACAGAGAUGUGAAGCCCUCCAAUAUGUUGGUGAACACGCGGGGCCAGGUGAAGCUCUGUGACUUUGGGGUCAGCACCCAGCUGGUGAAUUCCAUAGCCAAGACGUAUGUUGGAACAAAUGCUUACAUGGCGCCUGAGAGGAUUUCAGGAGAGCAGUACGGGAUUCACUCGGAUGUUUGGAGCCUGGGGAUUUCCUUCAUGGAGCUUGCUCUUGGGAGGUUUCCAUAUCCUCAGAUUCAGAAAAACCAGGGAUCUUUAAUGCCUCUCCAGUUAUUGCAGUGCAUUGUUGAUGAGGGUUAAAUAUACCCCUCUACUUACUGGAAUAGCCUUAAAAAUUCCCAGGAUGUUCAGCUUGACCAAAUAACAUGAAGAGAGUUCCUGAAUUCCUUCACCUUAAUGAAUCCAUGCUGCAUUUUGCUGUAAAUGCAGUAAAAAAACUCCAAAAGGCUCAGAAUGAAACAAGAUUUAAUUUCUUUCCUUUAGGAAUUUCUCUUUAGGUUCUCAGAUAUUGAUUUAAAUGUAGGAAACCUGGAAAUUUCGGGCGUUUUGGAGAUUUCCAUAGGUUAUACACGUGUGUGCAUGUUUACCCAAACCUACAAUAAUCUGUUUUGUGGAUAAGCUGGUUUAAGGAAUAGUUUUAUGGAGACAGAAACUGUGACCUUACCAGUGUAUGAGAUUCAGAGACUUCUACAGGAACAAGGUAAAACCACAGGUAGGAAUUGCUGAAUAAUUACCUUUAGACCAACCUGAGCAAGAACCUUCCCAGGAGAACAAGCUCAUUUAAUGGUUCCUAAAACUCAAUCUUGUGGAUGUCAAUGGUCAUGCUUGAUUAUUUGCAGCGGUGUUUUAUGAAAAAGCAAUAAAAAUGCAUCGGGAGGGUGCAGGGGAGGGAAGGGAACAACAAAUGGCUUGAGUUUUUUGCCAGGUCCCCUCGGUGUGGCUGUGUGUGUCUGGCUGCCCAAACCUGCCGUGCUCUGCUGCCUGAUGAGCGACAGGAGAGCAGCCAGGAGAGGGAGGAAUUCUUGGGCUGCUGGAGAGAAAAAGCAAUUACACUUCUGGUGGAAGGAUUAACCUGCUUUUGCAGGCCCUUCAGAGGCACAGAGCCUGGCUGAUGCCUUUUUGGGACUGCCUGAAAACAGAGGCCAGACACAAGUAAGGGAAUAAAAAUCACUGGUGUUUAUUGAAGGGCCUUCAGGUACAUUUAGGACAUUCCUACACCCAAAAAAUGGACCACAGGUUUCACACCUUUAUAAGUUUGGUCCAUUUGCAUACUGGGGGUUAAUCUUCCAGUUACAGCUUCAGAUAAUGAAGGAAUUUACCCCAAGCUUGCUCUCCCCAACUCACUUUUGUUUCCAUCUCUCUGGGCUGAGGCAGUGAGGUGUCCUUGAUUGCCAGGCCUGGAGAGGAAUUGCUGUGUCUGCCCAAAAUGGGAAAGCAGCAGCUCACAUUGUAUAUGGAGUUUAGAGUUACACACUAAAGAAUUGCAGGAUUGCAAAUACAUGAAAAAUAUAAAAGCUGAAAUCCUAAAAUUUUUAAAUAUAAAAAGCUAAAAAUCUUAAAAGUGUGUGUGUGUAUAUAUAUAUAUAUAUAUAUAUGAGUUAAAAAUCUAAGCCAUCAUGGCAAGGGGAGGAAGUGCCAUGUCCCACACUCUGGAUUAUUCCUGCUCUUAAUCACUUCUUUCCUCCCUUUUCUGGGCUCUGAAAAAUAUCCCCCAGUAGCUCCAACCAAAUAACCCCAAUAUCCACUGGGUUAUUUAACCAGAGCACCCACCCACGUUCCCAGCAGAGGAAUUCUGCUCUUCCCAGGAGCUGGAGGAGCAGGGAGCUGGAAGAGGAGCUGUUCCUCAGGAGGUGUGAGGUUUUGAGGUAGGCUGUGCUUUGGGGAUGAAACAUUGGCCUUUGCACCUCGCCCGUGCCCGGCUCCAGCUCUGCAGAUAAACGAGUUUCCUGUGCACACAGAGCUUCACACCCAGGUGCCCCCACGGAUCAUUUGUCACUUUUGGCACCUGCUACUGAGAAAAGAGCAAGAGGUGCAGAGAUGUAAUCAUCCUUCACCUUCCUGCCCGGGGUGGGAGCCGAGCAGGAACAAUCCAGGAAUUCUUUCAAGUCCAGGCCUCGGAGCCACCUCCAGCCACCGCUGGCUGCUGCCAACUUGUUACUUGUCAGAAAUCCCCUGCAUUAGGGCUGUUCAGGCCUUUUGAAGUAGAUUGGCUGGAAAGGCAGAAAUGGAUUUUUUUUUGUUGUUGUUUUAUAUAGAGAUAUUGUUUUAGGGAUGCUGUGGAAGAAAGUUGUAAGAGUAAAUCGAAAGUCGGGCUUUGAUUUUGUUUUUUAUAGAGAGAGUGGGGUUUUUUUAGGAAAUGUUGUGGAAGAAAGUUGGUCUGGAAGGAGUAAGUCUAAUUUGGGAAAUGGAUUUUGUUUAUAUAUGUAUAGAUAUAUGUAAUUUUUUUGUGGAAGAAAGGUGUCCUUGUAAGAGUAAAUCUGAGUUUGUACAAUGUUGUCAUUCUCUCUCAUUAUAGCCAAAGACCAUUCACUUAAGAGUUGGACUUGGUGAUCCUUAUGGUUCACUCCAACUCAGAAUUUUCUGGGAACUACAGUGCAUUUAUUACCUGUAAUUGCACCUGGCAGCAUUUCUGGUGUAUCUAAAACUUAUUCUUCUAAAAAAUAAAUUUAAAAAUCACUAUUUGGCCACAAAGUAAAAUGCAGCCACUAUAUAAAAAAGUAAAUACAUUUUUUGAAAGCAUUAGUACGAGAGAAGCCUAAAAAUUCUUUAAUCCUAGAGGUUUUGGAGGCUGAAGUGAUAAGGCAGGAGGCCUUGCAGAGCCCAGGCAUUGUUUAUGAAGUGCUGCCAUUUCAGCAGGAGCCAGGACAGGAGCUGGUGCCCAGAGGAGAUCUCGUUCCACAGGCAGGGAGCACCAGGGGACCCGGCACAGAGGAGCUGGGGCUUGCUUUGCUGGGUUCUGGUAACUUCCCUCCUGUGGCCGUGGAGCCACAGCACCAUGGCAGCUCCUUCUGCACAAACACAGCUGAGGGGAAAGAUUAUCAGGAAUAUUUAACCCUUCCCAGAGCAGCAGGAAUGAAACCUGCUCAGUUUUGGGCAGCCCCUG